GAGAUACCCGGCGAAGUCUCCCGGUUUUCCCUGUGGCGUUUCCAGUGACAUCUGCGGGCCUCCUUCCCCCCCUGCGCUGUUGGAGACAGGCAGGAAGCAAAGUUUGUCAGGAGCCUCGGGGGUGACUUUGCCCCGGGGACCCGUAUUUAUAGGUGUGCGAGGUGCCCCGGUGUGCGCCGAGCUCGCUUCCCAGGUUCCCGGGCAGUGGGUGCCGGGCCCUGGGACCCCUCCCUUCUCGAGGCCCCUCCGGCGAUUUGUUUAGGGAAAGUGAUGACAUGAACUAGUAGCGGAGAAUCGCAGGCGCCGGUCCCGCCCUGGGGAGGGAGGGAGCUCCCUCCCGAGAGCUUGUCGGCGAGAUCUGGAAGCAGGCUCCAGGGCUCAGCGCCCCUAAAGCCCGAGAGGCAGGAUCUGGGGGCUGGGCGCAGGGUGUGCGAGCCGAGCCGGGGUUGGGGAGCUGCUUGAAUGCCGCCCUGUGACCGCCGCGAUGAGGGAACAGCCCUUAUUUGCCUGGCUCUGAUUCUCGAGGCCGACGUGGUUGUGGAAUGCAAAAGCCAGAACAUGAUGGAAACAGGACUUGGAGAGCCCUUCAGAAUGCCGGAGGAAAGUUCCCCCAGGAAGACCCCACAGAGCGUUCCCUACCAGGACCUCCCUCACCUGGUCAAUGUGGAUGGGCUGUACCUCUUCUGCAGGUACUGGAAGCCCACGGGCGCGCCCAAGGCCCUGGUCUUUGUGUCCCACGGAGCCGGAGAACACUGCGGCCGCUAUGACGAGGUGGCCCAGAUGCUGGUGGGGCUGGAGAUGCUGGUGUUCGCCCACGACCACGUCGGUCAUGGGCAGAGCGAAGGAGAGAGGAUGGUAGUGUCUGACUUCAGCGUGUUCGUCAGGGACGUGUUGCAGCACGUGGACAUGAUGCAGAAAGACUACCCGGGGCUGCCUGUCUUCCUGCUGGGCCACUCCAUGGGCGGAGCCAUCGCCAUCCUCACGGCUGCCGAGCGGCCCGGCCACUUCUCCGGCAUGGUCCUCAUCUCGCCUUUGGUCAUUGCCAAUCCCGAGUCCGCGACAACUUUCAAGGUCCUUGCCGCGAAAGUCCUCAACCUUGUCAUGCCAAACAUGUCCCUGGGCCCGAUCGACUCCAGUGUGCUCUCUCGGAAUAAGGCGGAGGUGGACAAUUACAACUCAGACCCCCUCAUCUGCCGGGCGGGGCUUAAAGUGUGCUUUGGCAUCCAGCUCCUCAACGCGGUCUCUCGGGUGGAGCGGGCCCUGCCCAGGCUCACCCUGCCCCUCCUGCUGCUCCAGGGCUCCGCUGACCGCCUGUGCGACAGCAAGGGCGCCUAUCUGCUCAUGGAGUCUGCCAAGAGCCAGGACAAGACACUCAAGAUUUACGAAGGUGCCUACCAUGUUCUCCACAAAGAACUUCCUGAAGUCACCAACUCUGUCUUCCAAGAAAUAAGCCUGUGGUUCUCUCAAAGGACAGCAGCAGCGAGAAAGGGGUCCCCGCCCUGAAUGCACUGGCCAGGCGGCCGUCCCACAGUCAGGGAAGCGGGCAGAGGAAGGGCAGAAGCUGGCUUUGCAGAUGUGGUUUG